CACAACACCGCAACUCGCGCGCAUCAAGAUGAACUCCCUCUCUUUCUCCCUCGGAGGGUCCUCAUCAAAACCUUCACAACGACGCUCUCCACCACCGGCCAAAAGAUCAAAUGGCACGAAACGCGACCACGCAGCCCUUCUCGACGACGCUAGUGACGACGAAGAUGCAAGUACUGCAAAACGACAGACAAUAACCCAUUUCGACACCGCUGCCGGAGGAGCUGUAGAUUCCAAAGCGCCCAAAAAGGAAGAGAAGAAACCACUGGUUAUUUCGGCAUUGGCGAAUCGCGAUUGGAGGGAAGCGUCCAAACGACAACGAGCGCAGAAAUAUGGCAUCACUUCUGAACAAUUGGAUGCGAGGAAGGAAAAUGCCCAGGGGGAUGCGCAAGGAGUGGAUAAAGUAGUCAAAGAGACGGAUGCUGUCAAAUAUGGAUUGAAUGUGUUUGCGCCAACUGCUGCUGCGGUGGAAGAGGAUACACCUAUGGAACAAGAGGCAGAUCAGCAAGAGGAGAGAGCUGUCAAGAAAACAGCAGAUCAACUCGCCAUCGAUGCCCUCACUGGUGCCGCUCCCACAUCCACCCUCACAAUCCCAGCCGCCGCCGCAGCAACAGAAGAAGACGCCUUCGCCGACUCCUUCCACUCCGCCCCACCCGCCCCUUCCCUCUCCGACUACGCAGCCGUCCCCGUAGAAGAAUACGGCGCAGCCAUGCUCCGCGGCAUGGGCUGGAAAGGCCCCUCCACCACCCCCUCCUUGCCCACCAGAAACGGCAAAAAACCACUUCCACCCCCAAAACGACCAGCAUUGCUAGGUAUAGGCGCCGACCCAAACGCAGCAGCCCAAGCGGAAGAACUAGGCGCCUGGGGCAAAACUUCCUCUUCCCGCGCCAACGGCAGAAAAGAACCCACCAUGUUCAUCCCUGUUUCCAUGAAGAAUAAAAAGACGGGCGAGACAUUGACCGAAGAUGAACUGAAAGAAAAAAUACGCAGGGAUAAAGAAGAAGCUGAAAACCAAAGAUUUGUGGUCAGUGAUUUGGAAAUCAGGGAUAAGAAAAGGGAUAGAAGGGAUGAUGGGGAUAGAGAUAGACGACGAAAAGACGAGUAUUCUGAUGACGAGGAAAGAAGACGUCGCAGGAGGGAUAGAGAAAGAGAUUCCGAUCGCAAAGAUCGCGAGUACGACCAUCAUGACAAAAGCAGAAAUUACGACCGCAAGGACCGUCAGGAUCGGAAAGAUCGAGACCGCGAUAGCAGAAGAGAAAGAUCAAGAGAUCGCGAAGGCAAGAGAGAUCGUGAUCGCGACCACGACAAAUCAUCAAGCCGCAGAGAUCGCUCGAGAGACCGCGACCACGAUCACAAAACCAGAGAUCGAGAUUAUGAAAAAUCGUCGUCGAGGAGGGAGAGAUAUGAUGAUGAUAGAUCUGAGAGGAGGAGAAGGGAUAGGGAUGUAGAUAGAGAUGGAGGGUCUUAUCGUUCUUCUCGUCGUUGAUGUUUAUAUUAGAUCUUCUUCGGAUAUUCAGAAUAUCACAGUUACCGCUUUAUCUGUUCCUCGGCUUUUAGGGAACACUUCUCUGCAGGGG